AAUGGUGGAGACAAAACAGAAGAGAAGAUCGAUGAAAGAAGAACUAGAAAGUUUAAAGAUUUAAUGGAUCAUUAUAAGGAUAUCAAAGAAGAUGAAAAAAGAUACGAACACUUCUUGUCACUGGUAGUUAUUUUGCACAAAUAUAUUGGAGACGAGAAUCUUCCCAACGAAGCUGACCUUCUGAGCAUAUUCGGCCGAAUUUGUAUUAACAGUUUUAACAUCAAUGAUGAGAACCUGAAUCCAGUGGGAACAGGGCUCUAUCUUGCCGCUUCAGUAUUUGAUCAUUCCUGCCAACCCAAUGCUUUUGUGACUUUCAACGGCACCUCAUUGACUGUUCGGUCAUUGAUUGACUGGAAGACAAUAGACUGGAGUAUGAUGAGAAUCAGUUAUAGUGAUGUUAUGAACACGAAGGAAGACCGUCUUAAGGAACUGCACCAGCGAUAUUAUUUCUGGUGUGACUGUAACCUUUGUCAUGACACGAGAAGGGAAAUGGUAAUGUCAUCCAUCAUUUGUGGUAACAAGGCCUGCACUGCACCAGUUUAUAUUGAUGACAAAGAAGAUGUAGAUGCUGUUGUUGGGCCUUGUUCAGAAUGUGGAUUUAGUGAUUUUGAACCAAGUACAAGAUCCAGAUAUUAUGAAGUCCUGAAAUUUAGUCAAGAGGAGAUUAAAGCAAUGGAAAACAAUAACUGCUUUUACCUAGAUAUCUGUAAAAAAAUGUUGGAACUUCAGGAAAAUAUAUUUCACAAAUUAAAUGUGUGGCAAGCCAAAGCAUUGGAUUGUGGAUUUGAAGCAGCAAUUGGUGUAAACAUGUUCGAAACCGCAAAGAAGUUUGGCAUUGAAAAUGUGGAUGCUAUCAAAUUCUAUUAUGGUGAGCAACAUCCAACCUAUGGAAUGAUACUUUUGAAGAUUGGAAAGAUCUGUGACUUUUUAGGGGAUAUAAAAGAAUCCCUGUAUUACCUGCAGCAAGCGGAACCUAUUCUGCGUAUAGGUCUCGGGUCGGAUCACCCAGCAUACAGGGAGCUGUAUGAACUUCAGCGUAAAGUACUUGAAGAAAUAAGAUGUACUUCGAUACAAUAAAAGUCCGCGAAAGGAUAUACAGGUAAGGACAGAUAGGGUUUC